AUGGAAGAGGAGGAAGAUAUGAAGUUCUGUAGUCAUAGUUGCAGACAAUGUGGCCUGGCAGUCCUUGAAAUCUGGGCUUUCCGCCAGCGGUCCCCUUCUCCGCCGCCCUGUUCGCCGGACCCGUACGCCAACAUUCGGCGGCCCAAGCGUUUCUUCUCGCCACUACGAGGCCGGCGCACGCCGACCCCGCCGCCGUGUGCGCCAUCCCCAUGCGCGCCUGCACCCUGCGCGCCAUCCCCAUGCGCGCCUCCACCCUGUUCGCCAGCGCGUAGUGCACCGCCGCCCUGCUCGCCGGACCCGUACGCCAACAUCCGGAGGCCCAAGCGCUUCUUCUCGCCGAUACGAGGCCGGCGCGCGAGGACCCCGCCGCCCUGCGCACCUUCGCCCUGCGCGCCUGCGCCUUGUGCACCUGCGCCCUGUGCGCCUGCGCCCUGUGCACCUCCACCCUCCUCGGCGCCGCCCUGUUCGCCGGACCCGUACGCCAACAUACGGCGGCCCAAGCGCUUCUUCUCGCCAAUACGAGGCCGGCGCGCGGCGACCCCACCGCCCUGCGCGCCUUCGCCUUGCGCGCCUGCGCCCUGCGCACCUGCGCCCCCUUCUCCGCCGCCCUGUUCACCGGACCCGUAUGCCAACAUACGGCGGCCCAAGCGCUACUUCUCGCCACUAGCAGCUCUGGCAAAGUCAGUAAGCUUGGAAUACGACGAAGACCCAUUCUACGGCAGCAACUACAGUGGGCGUGAAGUCGAGUCCUGUUGCUGCUCACCUCCGCCCCCAUCUCCGGAGCCCUGCCCAGCCUCUCCGGGACGCCACCGCAGCAGCGUUCCCAAGGGCUUCUACACACUGACGGGUGAUAUCUCACCAAAGUCGACGCCGCGGCGCACGUAG